GUCGACGCCGCUCAUCUCGAAAACCUCCUCCCCCUUGGUCGACGCCCUAAGCUCUCGGCUUCCGCCGCGUCCUCGUACACAACCACCCCCUCCAGCCGCUCGAAGAACACAUAUCAGAUACAAGCGUGAGUUCUGUUCAACGUGAGUUCGAUUCUGUUCAGAUGGGUUGAUCGUGUGAGUUCUGUUCACCGUGGUCUUCCUCUCUAAUCACUCCGUAUCAGAUAUCAGCGUGGUUCGGAUCUUCUGGGUUUCAAUAUCAUAGAAGAAUACUGCACUGGUAGAAGUAAACAACCAGUUCAAAGAGUGCUCAACAGUAACAUGUAUAUCCAGCCGAGGCACUUGUCCAAAAUGUUGACAAGCUAUGAAAGGUUAAAGCAGAAAAAAAUGGAUCAAAACUUAGUACAAUUGAGGGCUGCUGGAGUCAAGAAUGUGCCAAAGUUUUUGUUGGGCUUAAAUCAAAGUGCCAACAUUAAAGUUAAUGAUAAGGAAGAAGUUGACAUUGGGUGUGCAGUCGAUGGUGAUGAAGACGUCGUACUAUUUGAUGGUGAAGAAAGGUUGUGUUCUAAUAAUGACAAUGAUGAUCCUUCGGGGUCUAAAACAAAUGAGGUGAAUGGUACAUGUCCAAGAAAUAAGAAGGAUUGUUCUAGUGCACAACCUCUGAGAAAAUCACAAAGAACUCAAGAACAAGGUGGCAGUACCCAGGGAGCAACCCAAGCUCAGCAACUUCCCACAUCACCUACUGAACAACCUGACCUGUUUUGCAGCCCACAUACGGUUGUUGGUUGUGUGGAAACUCCUGCAAGCCCUUCAAGAACGUCACAAAAUCUCAAGCGCAAAAGAGGCCCAACCAAGCUGAAAACCAUUGCUAUAGAUGGAAGUAGUCGGAUUGAAGUUAAGUUUGAUGGGAAUGGUGAACCAAUAGGUGAGGGAUCAGUCAAGUUGUCUUCUUUCUUGGGACCGCUAGUUCGAGAGAUUGUACCAUAUACACUAAAGGAUUGGCGAAAGCUUCCUUCGGCAAUGGCAGAAAUCCUAUGGCAAUCUAUUAAGGUAAGAUUCAAUCUUGAUGAAGAAUGGCAUAGACAAAUGGUUUUCCGGAGAAUGAAUGAAGAUUGGAGAGCCUCAAAGUCGAUAUUAGUAAAAAAAAUAAGAAACGCUUUGAAUGAGGAAGAAAGGCUAAAGCUACAGCCUGAUAACGUCAAAUCGCUACAUGAUUGGAAGGAUUUUGUGAAGGAAAAGACUAGUAAAGAAUUCAAGGUGAAAAGCGAGAACUUUAAAGCUAUGAGAGAGAAACAAUUGGAGCUGCAGCAUACUAUGAGUCGUAAGGGAUAUGCACGGUUGACUGCUGAGCUGAAAGCGAAAAGAAAAGUUGACUCCAUAAGUAGAGCCGUUGUUUGGGCCCAUGGACAUAGAGACAAGAAUGGAAAACCCAAGAACAAGAAUGUUGCACAAAAGAUUGAAGAUAUGGGAAAAAUUGAACGGAAUGGACAGAAUUCAACUAAUCUGAAAGAAGAUGCUGUUUCUAAAGUGCUUGGUGCCGAGAGGAAUGGCCGUGUAAGAACAUUUGGAAAAGGAGUCACUCAAACAAGAUUAACUAUAUUAUCACAAAUGAAUGGUCAAUUUGCUGAAUUACGUAAAGAAAAUGCUCAAAUGAAGUCUCAAAUGUCGGAUAUGCGAAAUACAAUUGACGAGUUCAAGAAAAGCCAAGUUCAAAAUCCGGCAACAACUGAAGCAACAUCAACUACACCCCUUGUUUCUCCAUCGGUAACAUGUCAUCCACAGAGUGACAUUACCAAGUGCAAGUUACUAGAUUGGAUGGGGACGGGAGAUGUAGUUGCGGAAGGGCGUUGGGCUUCAAGUGAUCCACAUUCUUGUGCGCAUUGUGUUCCGAUCGGCCCUAAUGCAAUGAAAGUUUGGGUGGAUGUGGCAAAGAAACCUGAAGAGUUUCUGUGGAGGGCUCCAAGUGAUAUGACCUAUAUCGUAGAUGCUGUGGGAAGUACCAUCGCAUGGCCUGCUGACUUUGUUAUUCUGGACUCUUCUUCCCCAGGGUUUAUGGGUUGAUAAAGAAGUGCUGUUGUGACUUUUUGCUGAAGAUGUAGGUAUGAUCUUGCUAGUGUGAUGGCUGUCAUUAUCGCUUGGUUGGUUGAAGUUUUUUUGUUGAUACUUAUGGGAUGGAUAGAUUUUGGAAGGACUGUUUUGGUUGAAACCUUUUUGUUAAUAUUUCGGUGUCAAGGUUUGAACUCCACUUUUGGGAUACAUAGAUGUUUUGGAAGGCUUUUUUGUUGAUAUUUGGUAACAAGGCUUGUACUCCACUUUCGGGAUACACGGAUAUUUUGGAAGGCCUUUUUGUUGAUAUUUGGUGGGCUUGUAUAUACUAGUAGAUAGAAAUGUUGGAAGGACAUUUAGUAUAUUGAAUUUCUUUUGUAAUGGUAAUCGCUUUAAUGUUUGGAAAUAUUUUGUUGGUUUUGUAUGCAAUAUUGUGAAAUAUAUUGUCAAGGAAGUCAUUGGAGCCACCAUCUUUUUUCUUAAGCAUUGUAUGAAUUUGUUAUGUGGAUUGCUAUUCAGGUUGGAUUGUAGGUUGUAUAGUCAAGAAACCGGCUAAAAAUCAAUUGGAAUAGCAGGUCGAAAAUGUUGUAAAAAAUUAAUGGACAGCAGGGCAAAAAUUUAUGGUGAAUAGAAAACCUAAUGUCGUGGAAAAUUUUCAACUUAUAGCGUUCUUUAAAUGCUGUAGGAAAUUCUAAAUGUAUAGCGUUUUAAAGAUGCUAUAGAAAUUUUACAAUAUAUAGCGUUUUAAAAACGGUAUAGAAAUUUACAAUCUAUAUCGUUCUAAAAAUGCUAUAGAAAGUCUACAAAUCUAUAGCGUUCUAAAAUUCUUGUCAAAAGUCUAUCACACUAUAGCGUUCUAAAAAUCCUGUUGAAAGUCUGCCAUACUAUAGCGUUCUAAAAACCCUGUUGAAAGUCUCCCAUACUAUAGCGUUUUAAAAACUCUGUUGAAAGUCUCCCAUACUAUAGCGUUUUGAAAACCUUGUUGAAAGUCUACCAUACUAUAGCGUUUUGAAAACCUUGUUGAAAGUCUACCACACUGUUGAAAGUCUACCACACUAUAGCGUUUUAAAAACCUUGUUGAAAGUCUACCACACUAUAGCGUUUUAAAAACGCUGUCUAAGGUUCAAGACUUUUAACAACAUCGGCUAAUACAGCGUUCGGAAAAACGCUAUGUAUAUGAUUUAAUAGCGUUUUCCAAACGCUAUAAAAUCUAAUUUUUCUUGUAGUGAAUAUUUUUAAAACAGUUUUUACUUUUUUGCAAAAACUGUUUUUUUUUUUUUUUUUUUUUGCAAAAACUGUUUUUUUAGUAAAAUUGUUUUACCCUUUUUUUUGUGCAAAAAUAGUUAAUUUCAAAUCAGUUUUAUUAUUAAGACUUUUUUUUUUCAAAAGCUGUUCUUUCUAAAAAAAAAAAAAACUUUUGAAUUUUUUUCAAAAUUUUUUUUUAAAACUUUUUCCCGAAAAAUGUUUUUUUUUUAAAUCAGAGUUUUCAAUAAACUAUAUUAUCUUUUUUUCUAAUAACCUAUUUUAUUAGUUUGAAAACUAUUUUUAAAAAAAAUGUUUUCUAUGUCACAAUUUUUAGAUUUUUAUAAAUUGAAAAGGUGAUGUGGCAAGUUUUGGUUAUUUAAUUUUGAUUGUACCAUUGUGGAUAUCUACAUUGCUAACCUUAGCAACCCUUUAAAUGGAUAAUCAAAAGAUGAUGUAGCGACUUUUGAUUAUUCUACUGCGGAUGCACUUAGCCACAAACAAUCAUGCUUUGUUUGAUAAUAUCCCUACUUACCC